GCAAAAGCUGCAACGACAAGCAAGUAGAGUGAUGGCUUCGUCGUCGUCGCUGCGCUCGCCUGCACCGACAGUGGCGCAGCUACGCACACUGCUCGAUUCCCUGCAUGCAUCUCUGAACCCCGUCAUCUCCUCUGAGCUCUCGCAGCUGACAUCGCAGCUCGAGUCUCGCACCAGCGCCGAUGCUUCAGUCUCGGUCUCGUCCACGGGCUCGUCAGGCCACAAGGGCAAGCUCGACGCCGGUCGCUUGCAGACAUCGCUGGCUUACGUACUUCUCGACCUCGUCUGGAUCCUCUUCAAACUGAACGGGACCGACGCAUCGAAGCAUCCCGUCCUCGUCGAGCUCGAGCGAGUCAAGGGCUACUUUACCAAGUUUCAAGCUGCCGAAAAAGAUCAGGGCGGCAGUAGCAGCAGCAGCACACGCGAGGGAGGGCACAACCGGGCGGUAUCGAGGGAGGAUCAGGACAAGGUGGAGAGAUUCGUGACGCAUGCGCUGGGCAAGGGCAAGGGCGAGAUCAUGGGUCGACUCAUUCGCUUUGAUGACGACGGCGAAGAGGAGGACAAGAAGGCCGACGGUGCCGAGGAGGAUAGGAAAAAGAAGCAGGAAUGGGAGAGCAUCAAAGAGAGUGCCUCACAAGGGCAGGGAACGAAGAGAAAGGUCUCUGGUGGGACCAAGGCGCCAUCGGAGGAGAAGAUCAAGAAGAAGAAAUCGGCCAAUUUGGAACAAGGGAUUGAGCCCAUUAAGCGGAAAAAGGAGAGGAAGAGCAGUGGCAGCAGUGCAAGAUAAGUGAGCCCCACGACAACCUCAACAACGACGAGCAGACGAGCGAGACGACCACAUGUAUUUUGUAUUUAAGACACCACUGCGAUGACGAGU